UGCCACGCCAUAUUUCUCACAAGGAAACGCUAUAACAGAGCGCAGUUUUAGAACUUUUAAUAACAUUUUGGCGAAAUAUGUAACAAAAGACACCCCGGAUUUUGACGAAUUUCUAGAUUUCGCAAACUUUUGCUAUAACACCUCCUGCCACACAUCAACAGGCGAAUCUCCCUUUUUCUUAGUUUUCGGGAGGGAUCCUAUAUUUUGUAUCGAUCAGAUACUGGAUGCGCGUGUUCACAUUCCAGUUGCGAUUAGUGAGGAGGCAGAAUUUAAAAUCAAGUUUCACUACGCUAAGAGAGGCCUGGAGGAUAACCGCCGAAACAAGCAUAGAGGCCCAAGAGAAAAUGAAGGAACAAUACGAUAAAUUACAGAGAACUCUUGAAAUAAAGAUAGGGGAUAGGGUCCUAUUAAGGAAUUACGCGGGACAAAAGGGAACAUCCAAAAAAUUCAAUUUACCGUGGAAGGGUAUUUAUCGUGUAAUUGAGAUAGAGGGAUUACACGUCAUAAUCACCAGUUGUGUGUCGCCUCAGUCUAACCCAAAGCGAGUGCAUAUUAAUCAAAUAAAAAAGUGUUUUGAAGAUUUAGGACCAAAUUGUACAGUACCUAAUAUACCGAGCGAUGAAGAGGUUGAAUUUGAGAAAUCGGGCGCUAGGGAAAUCACCAACAAACCCGGGUACUCACAUCCAUCUAGACCACAAUCAGUACAUAAUGAAGAAGAAACAAUACAGGAUAAAGUAGAGGACAAAAUAAAAUACUCCUUAAGGCCAAGAGAGAAAAUACUAUUACCGGCAAAAUUUAGAGACGGUUAA